AUGGCUAAUCAACACGACCAGGCCUCUACAAACUACAAGGAAGCGUUCUCGCUCUUCGAUCGCCGUGGUACCGGCCGUGUCGCUGGUGACCUCCUCGGUGACUUGCUUCGCGCUUGCGGUCAGAACCCUACGCUGGCUGAGAUUGGUGAUUUGGAGAAGUCUGUCGGUGGCGACUUUGACUUCGACUCCUUCCUGAAAGUCCUCAACCGCCCCGGUGGUUUCCGUGAGCCCGGUGAGCCGGAGGAGUACUGUCGUGGAUUCCAGGUCUUUGAUAAGGAUAUGACUGGAUUUAUUGGUGUCGGGCAGCUGCGCUACAUUCUCACGAAUCUGGGCGAGAAGAUGUCUGACGAUGAAGUCGAUGAGCUGCUCAAGGCUGUUGACACUAGCUCCGGAGAGAUUAACUACACGGAUCUUGUCCGUACUAUCCUCGCCAACUGA